AAUAACAAAUCGAUGUUUCUUUCCUUUUCUCUCUAAUAAAUGAAAAACAUUUUUUUAAUUCCUUACGGGUUUUAGUAGCCACUCAUAACUAAUAUAAGACACUGGGAGCCACCUAAAACAUAAGGGUACAAAGAGGUGGAAAGUAAAAGAAGAGUAAAAUAUAUAUGCAAACAUAAACCAAAUGAACAUAUAACAACAUAUAGUAGACUUGAAGGCAAAAAGCAUUACGAGGAAUAAAUAAGAGCACUCUAUAUCAAAAAGUUCAAUUUACCAGGAAGUUCUAAAUUUGUAUGCAUUUAAUAACAGGUACAAGAAAAAAUAGACAUUUGUAGUCAUAACACAAGGUUUAACAUACCUCUCAUUCCAUGACAGAUAUUCUUGGCAACUUUAAGAUGUACAAUAAAUUAACUGCAGUCACCAUGCUUUAUAUUAGAUCCUCAGAAUUUAUUCUUAUAACAAAGUUUGACCUACAUGUCACCAUUUUCCCCUCCCCCAUCUCCAAAGCCUUAUUCCAAAUUUCUGCACUUUGUACCACACCACAGUGCCUACACCCAGGAGGAAAUUGAUCUUUAUUUCCCCUGGAGAGAGCUCCAGUGAGAUACUAAAAAGCUUUGUCUUACCCUUAUCCAAUAUCCCAUAUGUUAAAGAAAAAACUGUAUAGCAUACUAUAAAAGACAAAAAACACAUAAUCUCAAUGAACACAAAAAGCAUUUGGAAAAAGUCCAUGGUUAAAACCUUCACCACUAGGAAUAAAAGGGAACUUCCUUAACUUGAUAAAGGGCAUCUAGGAAAAGCCUAUAGCUAACAUAUUUAAUGAAGAAAGGCAACGCUUGCCCCCUAAAAUCAGAACAAGACAAGGAUGUCUGCUCUCUAUUCAACAUUGUACUGGAGGUUUCAGCCAUUAGAAAUUAAUACAUAGUAUGCUUAUCACAUUUGUAGAUUGGCUACAGAAUGUUAUGAUCAAUAGGAUAUGACCCAAAAUUAUUGCAACAGGCUGGAACGAUUAACAGCGUAAACGAGAUGUAAAUUAAAACCCAAAUGAAUACAUUUAGGUUUAAAAACCAACUAGAAGUUACAAAAUUAUGCAAAAGAAUUGCUGAAUAUCUACUGUGUGCCAUGCACUAGAGAUGGAGGCAUGAUUCCUUCCUAGGUGGGCUAAUUCCAGACCCAAAAAAAUGUCUACGCUGGACCAAGACUUCCUGUGAUCUCUCAGCUCCUUGGCACUUGUUAAUAUAAUUCCCUAAUUCAACUGUGUUAAUUCUUCGGGGCCCAGAUCGCAUACUGUACUUUGAGUCUCCAAGGUUUGCAAUAAUUACCAGGAGUUCAAUACCUUCCUCUUGAAUGACUUCAUUGGCCCUGGACCCUCAGGCCGAGUAAGUACUCGGAAAGUAAGGAAGCCGUUUGACGCGAAAACGUGAAUUGCGCGUUUUAGGAAGACAAUGCCUGGAACGGAGCCUAGAAAGGCCUGGAAUUCUAACAACUCUCGGAGUGUGGGGAGGUGUCCGGAAGCGUUUCGGGGAUUACCUCUCUGAGCAUGAGCGGAAGCCACGCUUUGAGCAGUCGGCCCGGUGGGUGGUUGGUUUGGGACGGGGGCGGUACUGAUAAGCGCCAUAUUCAGGACAGGGCGGUCCGUUUCCAUUCUGUACUUCCCGUUGUACCUGCGAACAGGUGACAAAUUUGUCUUCGCUACUAGAAAAUAAAGGUCACAUUGGAGGAAGUCUUAAGGCAGCCCAACUCUCCAUUUUCCCGUAGUAAAGAUGGCUGCGCCCAGAAUGUAAACGACAGGCAAAACCACUUCCGCGUUUCUCCUGCGCCCUCACCCAAGAUGGCGGACGAGGCCACCCGGCGUGUAGUGUCGGAGAUUCCGGUGCUGAAGACUAACGCCGGACCUCGAGAUCGGGAGUUGUGGGUGCAGCGCCUCAAGGAGGAGUAUCAGUCUCUUAUCCGGUAUGUGGAGAGCAACAAGAUCGCAGACACCGAUUGGUUCCGACUGGAGUCUAACAAGGAAGGGACUCGGUGGUUUGGAAAAUGCUGGUAUAUCCAUGAUCUCCUCAAAUAUGAGUUUGACAUCGAGUUUGAUAUUCCUAUCACAUAUCCUACUACUGCCCCAGAAAUUGCAGUCCCUGAACUGGAUGGAAAAACAGCCAAGAUGUACAGGGGUGGCAAAAUUUGUCUGACUGAUCACUUUAAGCCUUUGUGGGCCAGGAAUGUGCCCAAGUUUGGACUAGCUCAUCUCAUGGCUCUGGGGCUGGGUCCGUGGCUGGCAGUGGAAAUCCCCGAUCUGAUUCAGAAAGGUGUUAUUCAGCAUAAAGAGAAAUGCAACUGAAGGAUCAAGACACUGAGGCUGGAUAACCUUUGAUAGGCUAUGUUCCGUUUUCCUGUGUGUCCCUUACUCAUCUAAUGGCUUCCCUCACUCUCCUUCACCCACAAUUGUUACUAAGUAGCUGCAGCAGGGAUUGUUGGAACAACAACAAACAAACAGUGUUGCUACUGAAUCUCUAAGGCUACACCAGGAGGGGAAAACCUGGGGCUUUGGAAAACCAAAAGGCCAUUUAUAUUCCUUCCCGGGGUGGAGCAGUGUGAGGUCCUGGAGGGACAGGGGUGAUGGAAAGUGGGUACAUAGUCGUUUUGGUUUCUGGAGAUAACUCAUCAAUAAAAGCUGCUUCCUCUGGUG